AUGACGGCCGAGACGAUUGUCGUGAUAGGCGCCGGAGUGCUGGGCCUCUCGACCGCACUCGCCAUCCAGCAACACCUCAAGCCCGGCCAAUCGCUCCUCAUUGUCGCGCGCGAGUUCCCCAACACCACCUCGAUCAACUACGCCUCGCCCUGGGCCGGUGCCCACUACCGCCCCGCCCCCGGCAAGUCUCCCCAGGUCGUCAGGGAAGCUCGGUGGGCACGGCAUACCUACGACAUCUUCCAGAAGAUCGCCGCCGAGGAGCCCGCGGCCGGGGUCGAGUUCAUGGAAGGCAUCGAGCACUUCGAGAAUCCGCCGCAGGAGUAUCUCGACGCGAUCCGGGACCCGGACAGCGCGUAUGCCCACCUUGGCGACAGCCUCCGGGAGCUGAGCCCGGCUGAGCUGCCUGAGGGCGUGAAAUGGGGGAUCCGCUACUGGGCGUACUGCAUCAAUCCGCCCGUGUACUGCGCGCAUCUGCUGCGCAAGUUCAUCCUCCGAGGCGGCCAGACCAAAGAGUACACGCUGGCCAGUCUCCUGGAGGCGUUCCACCUGGCGAGCAACGUGACGACGGUGGUGAACUGUUCCGGCUUGGGAUUCGCGGAUCCCAAGUCGUUUAUCAUCCGCGGCCAGACUUGUCUCGUCCGCAAUCCCUCCCGCACGACCGUCACACGGCAAAACGCCGACGGCUCGUGGUCCUUCUCGAUCCCGCGGCCGCUCGAAGGAGGCACCAUCAUCGGCGGCACCAAGCAGCCGCACGACUGGAACCCAGAACCGCUGCCAGAGAUCCGGGCCACGCUGCUCGCCAACGCCGCCAAAUGGUUCCCCUUCACGCCGGAAAGCAACGGCCAGUUCGACGUGAUCCGCGACAUUGUCGGAAGACGACCUGCGCGGGAAGGCGGCGUCCGGUUGGAGGCAGAGACGGUCAGCGUGGUGGGGACGGACGGCCAGACAUCAAACCGGGUCGUCGUCCAUGCCUACGGUGCUGGCGGACGGGGGUACGAGAUAUCCUGGGGCGUGGCGGAGGAUGUGAAAGGGUUGCUGCUGGAGCGGGGGGUGUUGCAAGAAAGGGCUGCAUUGUAG